CGAACACGAACGCGGAGCGGCGGAGGAUGUUUGUUUACAAGCGACUAGGACGUCCUCCAUCUGAUGUGUCCCCUGAUUUUAGUGUUUUUAUAGUGCUUUUACGUCACUGAGGGUCUCAUCCCGCAUGCUUCGUGAACGACGACCAAAAAUAGAAGAAAAAAUGGUGUCUACGGAGCCAAAUUUAAGGAUACCAGCUGUCCUUAUGCCAGCAUAUCACAAGCUUUUGAACAUAGAAACAGAGGAGGGGAAGACUGCUGAGAAACGAGUCAAAGUUUAUUGUGGAAUUUGCAAAGAGACUCGUUACUAUUCCAUCCACCGGGGAGUGACUCGCAUUGGAGGGGUUGUGCUAGCUUGUGAGGCUUGCCGGCACUACUACCAGAAAUUCAAAAGAAAACCAUGUAUUUUACGAUGCAGGGACAAGGACAGUGGCAGUUGCCAUGUACUGGGUGAUAACUCAAAGAACCGGUGUAAAGCAUGCUGGAUUGCACACCUUCUGCGCAUUUGUCCUUUUCCUGAGGAUUUGUAUCUACACCUACAGGGACAUCUUCCUAGUAAACUUAAGGCCUCUAUGUCAUCUAAGCCCGUUGCUCCUGAGGAUGUGACAGAAGAUGACCGUGGAGAGCUGGGUCUAGAGGUGUUGCAGGACAAGGAGUGGGUGGAUGUCAAUACUGUGAUUCCACCAGAGCCAGAGCCAGUGCCUGAGCCUGAGCCAAAGCCUGAGCCAGAACUGCAUGACGAAGAGGACACAAAGAUGUCAGAGCAAGAUUAUGAGACUGGGAAAGAAAGUGAAUCUCUCCCUGAUGGUUUUGAACAAAACUCUGACACACUUGACAAUUAUGCCUCUGACUGCCAUGAGAUGCAAGGAACACCUUGUCCCAAUGACAGUGAAGUGAGCAGUGUAGAACAAGUGAGGGAAAUAGAACGAGAUGGCUUGAGAUGGUGGAUGGAGCAAGAGGAAGGCACUCCUUACACCCUACCUGAGAGUGGCAGUAGUGAGUCAUACUAUAGUGUAGAUGGUACAAGCUCUAGUGAUGGCCUUACACCCCUGACGCCCCUUCAGCCUGCAGGCUGCCUUACCACUCUUACACCCCUUCAGGUGCCUCAAGACCAACACAACCAGAACGGCUUCCAUAACUCUAGUACAAUGUUAGACAACAUAAAACAGGAAAAAUAUGAUUGGCAAGAUGGGGAGAGUCAAGAAGCUCAACUGUUUCAAAAGAUAAGCAUCAAAAGAGAAUAUUACCUUCAGCCAGAGCAAAUGGAUGACAUAACUCUACACACUAGUCCCUAUUUUUCUUCUGUGACCAUGGGAGAUCAACUUGGUAUAAAUAUACUAAACCAGAACUAUGAUAGUGUUAAUGGUAGCACCAGCUGGAAUAUAGAGAACCCCUGUAUAGACAGUAUGAGCAGAACUUCCCUCCAAGAAAACACCGAGCCUGUCAAGCCCACAAAACGGAUUCGGAAACCUAAAGUGAAGCUGGAAGAAGGAGAGAUCAUGUCUACAAAAACAACAUCGGAAAAGAUCAAGAGAUCUGCACCUGAUAAUGACACAGAUGGAGUACCUUUACCUUCUCCAUCCAAGCAAAAGAAGAAGCCAGAUAGAUUUAAUGGAAUGGAUGAAAAAGAUGUUGCAAUGAAGACACUGCCAGACCACUUGGGACCAAAUCUUGACAUUCUUAUUAUUGGCAUCAAUCCAGGACUCACAGCAGCUCACAAAGGACAUCAUUAUGCUGGACCAGGCAACCACUUCUGGAAAUGUAUGUACUUGUCUGGCCUCAUUCCAAAGCCGUUCACUGCCUUUGAUGACUUUCGGUUGCUGGAGUAUGGCAUUGGCUUCACCAACAUGGUUUCCCGUACCACAAGAGGCUCCAGUGACCUUACCAAAAAGGAGAUCAAAGAAGGAGGGGAACUUCUUCGGUUAAAGUUAAAAAGAUACAAACCUCGAAUAGCUGUGUUUAAUGGCAAGGGAAUUUACGAAAUAUUCUCAGGGAAAAAGGAAUUCUGCUUUGGAAGACAACCAGAGAUGGUAGAAGGAACCAAAACACAUAUAUGGGUGAUGCCAUCAUCCUCAGCAAGGUGUGCCCAACUCCCAAGAGCUCUUGACAAGGUUCCAUUCUACUCUGCUUUGCGGAAGUUUCGGGAUUACCUGAAAGGUACUAUAAGUGAGUUAGAUGAAGAAGAAGUUGUUUUCUCAAAUGUAAAAUUGACCAAUUUCAAGCCUCCAAUAAAACUGGAACCAGAAGCAGAGGCUGCACCAGAAUCUAAGUGUGUGUCUGCCAAGGUAGCCAAACAUAAACACAAGAAAGUGGGAAGUGACAGGACAAAAGGGCAGAAAUCUCCACAAAAGAAAAAAACAAGUACUUCAAAAACUUGAAAUAAGAAAUAAGCUGUAAUACAUUUAUGGUAAUAUUAGUAAUGUAAAUAUAUAAAGUAUAACAUUGGAACAAUUAAUUUAUUAACUACUGUUAAGUAUUUUUGAAAGUCAGUCAGGAGUUAUGCUUAAAUUAUACAAUGUGAGUAGAUUUUCUUUAAAACGACCUGAUAUCAGUAUUGUUUUGAUAUUUAGCUAAUAUUUUCAUGUUAGUGGAGUGAUGGAAGACACAAGUGAAGUAUGCCUUAACCUUUUAUAUUGAUUUUUACUUGAAAAUUAUAAAAAAAAUGUUCUUGUCAUGAACUGUUCUUCAUUUAUCUUUCAUAAUUUAGGGACUAAUAUCCUUCAUGUAGAGAAUUGUCAUGUUUUUCUUCUUUUCUCAAUAGGGAUGGGAUAUAGCUGUGAAAAACUUAGUUAAAUUGGUCAUGUCAAUCUUACAAGAAAAUGCCCAGAAUUCUAGUCCAGUCUGAUUAUGGUAGCACAAAAUUAUGUCACUGACCCUUUUGUCAUGGUUUCUCUUACUGCAGGUGAUUCUCAUUUUAUGAAUAGUACAAUUUUGUCCUUUAUCUUAAUUUUUUAGUGCAGAAUUUUUUUUUAUAAGUCAAGAUUUUCCAGUUUCUUUAAAAGUGUUAGAAAAUUAAUUGAUAUGAUAAAUUUAAAGCUGUGGUUGCCACAAUUUACAGAUUUUUAGAUCCAUGUACAGAUUUUAAGGAAUGCUAUUUAUUCAUAAAGUGAGACUCCUUUAUUUCCUAUGUAUUGUGUAUUUUAAAUUUUCUGUCCAAAUUCUAAGAUCCUACAUAUGAAUAUAGUGUUGCAGUAUUUCUUUACAUAACUUGACUUGUCCUAUAUGACAGGUAAUAAUGGUUAUACAAAAUAAGGAUAAUAAUAAUAAUAACAAUAACAAUGAAAAUUGUUAUAUUGAUAUAAUCAUGAUCAAGAUAAUUGAUAUUCUUAUAAAUUAAAUGAUCAAAAGCACCAUUUUCCAGACAUUUACAUCUGGCCAUUUUUUCUGAACUAGUGAGAUCCUGUGAUGAACUUUUGGGAGAUAGAAGCUGGGAAACAAUGGAAUAUUGAUAGCUAACCUUUGCAAAACAUUCCAAACUUAGUUUACUAUUUAAAGGUUUCCUUACUUUCUUCAACAAAGCAUGAUAUUAUUGCAAUAAACUGAAGUAUUUUGGUACAGGAAGUCUUCCUCAAACAUGAACUAGUCCAGUAUCACUGAAUACAUUCAAACAUUAAUUAAGUGUCAGUUCUUACAUAAUUUAUGAUUAAAAUCAAGCCUGAUCAUUUUGAUUCUGGCAUGCUCAUAGGUAUGUAUGCUCUGUAAAGUGUUUACUGUAUGCACAGUAAAGUGUAACACCAUAUUAUAG